UCUUAUGUAAUCGAUCAUCUGAAGACUUUAAUCAUUUCCUUGCACUGCAGAAAUUCUUCGUCUCUCUUCUCUCUAAAGACAGGUAAAUUAUCUCUUACUACUAAUCUCUGCAUGCUUUCGACUACGGUGUAAUUCUGUUUCGAACAAUUCCCCCUAAAAUUCUUCAUUACCCAGUUCUAACCCUAACAUUAGAGUGAUGGAAAGAACCCCCUUUUAUUGAAGAAUCUUGAUUAGGAAAAAUGAAAAACAAAGAGAAAAAUCCAACCUCACCACCACAAACAACAAAUCAACAACCAUUACUGCAACCAAAUCCACAUCCUCAUCCUCAUCCUCCAUACACAUUUAUGCCGUCAUUCUACCCUCCUCCUCCUCCAUGGUCCACUUUUCCAGGUCCUUGGUCCGUUACUCCACCUCCAUCUGGUUUUCCAUUAACAAUGCCUAUUCCUACUCCACCUCAUAAUCUUCCUCAACACCCUGCUUCGGGACAUUCGUUACCAUCCCCACCACCACCACCUUAUGCCUUCUGGCCACCUCCACCACCUAUGAUGAUGGGUCCUGUAAUUUCAACUUCUCAAAAUCAUAUUGCUGUACCAACUACUGGUAAUACCCAGGAGUCAAUUGUGCCGCCAACUGGUUUACAUAGGGCAGAGGGUAAAGUGCCACCAGAACACCAGCAUUCAGAACAAGCCUUAAAUUCACCUCUGAGGAGGCGUCCAGUCACGCGGCGUUCAGCUGCACAGGAUCUUGCUACAGAUAAUGCUUCUUCACCAGGACUGGAUCAGCUCUUGGAUACCGCCUCACCUUCUUUGACUGCAACUAAAGGGUCUCAGUCUCGGCGGUUGAGAUCCCAGAAGAUUAAAGAUAAAGAAGAAAAAUCUAAUGCUGGUCAACAAGAUAAAGUAGAAGGCGAUGCUGCUUUUGUUGAUGAAAACAAUUCCAUGGAUGUGACAGGGUCGUUGGAGGAAGUUGAUAUCACAGCUGAAACCAGUGGAAGGGAAGAUGAUAAUGUACCUCUUCCUAAACUUGGCUCUGAACCGUUUGUCGGCUUGCGAUUCAGUUCAGAAGACGAAGCAUAUGAAUUUUAUAAUGCUUAUGCUAAAGAGAAAGGAUUCAGUAUACGGAAGAGUCACAUACAACGGUCAAGGGUUGAUCGGAGUGUCAUAUCCCGAGAGUAUGUUUGUGCAAAUCAAGGGUUUCGUUCAACAAAUGACAGGCGAUAUAAAGGAAAGGUUGUUCGACCUCGACGCGAAACAAGGGUAGAUUGUCGAGCUGCUAUGAGCAUCAAACGGAGAUCUACAAAAUGGAUUGUUGACAAAUUUCAUAAGGAGCACAAUCAUGGUCUUGUUGAUCCUGCUAAAGCUGAAAAACUUAGGUCACACCGGAAGAUAACACAGACCACAAAGUCAGUGAUAGAUACACUCUAUAAAUGUAGAAUCGGACCAUCUAAAAUUAUAGACGUUCUUACAAAAGCAGCAUCUGAAGAGAAUACAGUUGAAAUCAGUGGUCUGGAUUUAAUGAAAUAUGUGAAGAGAAAGCCAAAAAACAACAUUGCAGCUGAUUGUUAUCGUGUGCUUGAAUAUUUUCAGAAAAUACAAGCAGUGGAUCCUGGAUUCUUUUAUGCGGUAGAAGUUGGUGACAGUAGAUCUAUGAGGAGUAUGUUUUGGGCUGAUAGCAGAUCAAGGGACGCAUACAAACAGUUUGGGGAUGUUAUGGUAUUCGACCAUGUAUGCCGAACGAACAAAGAUUUAUUUCCUUUUGUUUCAUUCGUUGGAGUGAAUCACCACAGACAGCCUGUAUUGUUCGGAUGUGGGUUGUUGGCUGAUGAAACGGUGGAAUCAUUUGUUUGGUUAUUCAAAACCCUACUUAGAGCUAUGUCAAAUUGUCAUCCUACUUCUGUUAUUACAAAGCAAGACAAAGCAAUUAUGAUUGCGAUGGGAAAAGUUUUUCCAAAUACAAGGCAGCGGAUAUGCAUGUUGCACGUAGAAAAAAAUGAAUUAGAAAAUUUGAGUGACGUCUUCAACAUGCACCCCGCUUUUCAGGAAGAGUACAAAAGGUGCAUCUACAAUUGUCAGAAGCCAGAGGAAUUUGAAUCAGGUUGGAAACAGCUACUUGUUAAAUAUAAUUUGAAAGAAAACAGUUGGUUAUAUGGUAUGUACGAUCAGCGUCACAACUGGGUACCAUUGUAUUUGAGGAAUACAUUUUUUGCUGGAAUGAGUACGACUCAGUUAGCUGAAGGCAUGAACUCCUACUUUGAUGGAUUUUUGCACGAAGGAACACCCUUAAAUGAGUUUAUAGAACAAUAUGAACUGGCUGUGGUGCGCCGGAGGGAGGAAGAAACUGAUGAAGAUUUUAUAACUAUGUAUACUAGUGCUGGUUCGUCUUCGAAAAAUCCUAUUGAAGAACAAGCAGCUAAAGUUUACACUAGGAAUAUGUUUACAUUGUUUGGUCAUGAAUUUUCUGAGAGUUCUGGUUGCAUUGUGAGAAAAGUUGAUGAUGAAGAUGAAUGUACAAGUCGGUACCUAGUGGGGAAGUACGGUGAUAAGGAUGAUGAAAUGAGCUUUGUCACGUUUAACUCCAUCAACAAAGAUACAAACUGUAGUUGCCAAAUGUUCGAGUUUGAAGGGAUACUCUGUAAACACGUUCUUAAAUUAUUUCAAGAUUUGAACGUCGUUGAGCUUCCUGCUAAAUAUACCCUAAAGAGGUGGACGAUGAUUGCUAGGUAUGGUGGACCGUGUGGCGACGAGGCUGAAUGUAUUUCAGAGGAUACAACAACAGUAAAUGUCUGGAUGUUGAAAGAGACGGCUGUGAAAUUUGUGGAAAUCGGGUUAUCUUCAGCCGACCGCAAUAGUGCUGCUAUGAACAUAAUUGAAGAGGGUCUAAAAAAUAUUUCUCUUGUUAACUCCUCAACUAAUGAUUUGCAUCCUGAAGAUUCGGUUGGUAGUAGUGAUCAAGGGGAAAAGUUAAUUGAUACCACCUCUAGUGAACCCCAACCGAUCAAAACAAAAGAACGGCAGGCAUCAGUGAAAGAAAAGUUAGGAGUUAAACAAGUGAUGAAGAAAAAUAGGAAGUGCAGUACAUGCAAGAAAUCUGGGCAUUAUACAAGUACAUGUCCAAAGGGACCAGUGGAUCAGUCCCAAACUUCAGCCAAUGGGGACCAAAGACAAGCUUAAUGUUUUGCAUUUGAUGUCCAUCUGGAAUGUUGUAAUAUUGAAGAUUGAUGCUUUUCAUAGAUUGAACCAGGUGUUGGAAACUCUUAGUAAGAAUUGCGGUGAUCAUGUGUUUCAGCAGAUUGUGGAGCGUGAUAUUUUACAUGAUAUGGUCUUAAAGAAGAAGCUUGGCGCAGAGAUCCAAAAUGGUCGUGGUUUAGCAGAUGUGUUAAUGGAAAUGUUUGGCGCCUUGGACCCUCAGUCUCCUGAGACAGGGUAAAGCAGGAACUGAUUGUUGAUUUGGUUGACCAAUGUCGUUCGUACCAAAAGCGUGGCAUGCUUCUUAUAAACAAUACCUCAGGCGAGGAACAUCCGUCUCAACGGGUUUACGCUGAAUGAUGACUUGCAGCAAGUGCUUUAAUGACAUGAUGACAUACUGAACGGAACCGGAACCUAGGUUGCACCAAUAUGCUUACAGGUUUUGGUUCACCUGAAGCAUCUUUCACUUCUUCUAUAUGUUGAACUUGUACAACCGCAUCAGCAACAAUUUCAGGAGUAACAGUAACACCACUCCAUUUCCAGCUUUUUUAUUUAGUAAUUACAGGAUACUCACCAAUCCCAUCUGAAGUGACUACUGCAUAACCAUAAUUAAUAGAAGCACGCACGAGAAGUGGGUAAGGGAUCAGGAGCUCGACUAUCUUUUAUUAAGAAUGCAUCAAGGGAUUCAAUCGGAUGAAGACGUGAGAAACUUAAAUCACAAGUUUAAGUGCUUCCACCAUUGAUAACAUAGGAUUGUGACUACAACAAUUUCCUUCGUAUUACCCCUUUUCUUCCUCUUUGAAUCCCGCCUGAAAUAGGAUGCAAGUUGCCCCAUUUCCUUCGUAUUAUCCCGUCUUGCGUAAUGCUUAAGCCUUUUUAUUCCUUCCAGUAGAUGCAUCUCUUUUUAUUAGAAGAGGCAACAGUAUCAUGAAAACAAGCAGAAAGCUAACCGGUAUGUUAUAUUUUUAGUAUCCAAAUUUAAAAAGCACUGAUGCAAUUAGACAACUUCCAUAUAAGACAGCCAAAUAUGUGUAUCUAA